AGUCAAUGGUUCCACACAAACCAUGUUUUUGUUGAAAAUUUCCAAAAAAGUCCAAACAUUCCCCAACUUUAUCGACAAAAAAUGAAUAAAAUUGAUGCCUCCACGAGGAAAAACAGUGGCUAGGAUGUCUAACGAUAACGAAGAGUCCGAUGUAAAGUCGCCAGAAUUGAAUUCCGUAUACAUUUCGGAGUCGAAAGAAGAAGAAACGAGUUCGUCGAGCAGUGCAGAAGAAACACAAACCAACUCUGCUGUUCUUGUCAGCUCUUUGAUUAUAAACCAAGCCCUGGAAAAUUUUUCAAAGGGUCAACAGAAGGAAUAUGAUGCUCUUGUUCAAAAGCUUGGAGAUUCAUCACUCACGUCUGUUCACCUUAGACGAUACCUUAAAGCACUUAGAAGGUGUACUUCAUCUCUUACAAAGAAAUGUGAUAUUCUGGUUGGCACAAUACUGAAACUAAACUGGGCAAAUGCAGAUGAUGAGACUGCUGAUGAAUUUGUAGAAUUCCUCAUGUCACUUGUAUCAGCGCAGACAUACUACCUGAGAGCCUGUCUAAGAAUGUUAACAAAGCUCUUCCUUCCAACAAUUCCCAAAGGAGUGGACCCAGAAGAUGUCAAUAUGGAAAAACAACAGAAUAUUUUCAACCAUGCACACGAUGGGCUGCAGGCCAUUCUGGAAAUUGUGCCAACAACACCCAAGUUUUUAUUACCUAUUCUGUCUGAUAAUUUACCUUACUUCAAAAAACACAGUAUAUAUCAAACAAGUUAUGUCAAGAACCUGCUACAUAUCACCCAGUAUUUACCAUCAAUACAACAAGAUGUCCUGGAAUGUGUUAUCAACCAUGUCACCAGAAUAGAUGUUGAAGUUCCUCGUCAUGAAUUGGAUGAACCAGAAGAAGAGGAAAACACCCAGUUUGAAGUGGACUUGGAAUGUAUUAAAAAGGAGAGCACAACAGAAGAUGACGAUGAAUCAAAAGAGAUUGUGGAAAAUGAAAUGGCAGAAACUUUAGACCAAUUGAUGGAAAUCUUAUUCAAAUAUAUUAAAGAAAUAUGUUUUGUAGAUGGCCUUUAUCAUGUGGAUGCAAGCACAGAACUAUUCAAUCAACUCAUAAGGGUGUUUGAUAAAAUCAUCCUUCCUACUCAUGCCAGUUGUCAUGUACAUUUUGCUAUUUUCUACAUCUGUAGUAUAGACCAGACAUUUGUGAAUUCAUUCCUUGAUUCUUGUUGGAAAAAGAUAGAAGACAUCAACACCCCAGCUAUAAUACGUCAAGCAUGUGCUGCAUACAUAGCUAGUAUUGUUGCUAGAGCCAAGUACAUCGUGGUCAGUACUGUGAAGGUUUGUCUUGAGUUGUUAACGCACUGGGUUCACUGCUACAUUGACGUGCAUGAUGCAUCUUGUUCUGGUCCUGAUGCAGCAAGACAUGGUCCAUUUUAUUCUGUUUGCCAGGCUUUGUUUUACAUGUUUGUGUUUCGCCAUCGUUCUCUCCUGGACCUAGAAGACGGCCACAAGUUUCUGAGAAGAUUAAAUUUCGAAAGGAUAAUCACGAGUCGAUUAAACCCUCUAAAGGUGUGUCUACCGAACAUUGUCAAUCUGUUUGCGCAUGUGACAAGGCGAUACGAAAUCUUGUUAUGCUAUACAGUAAUCGAGAGGAACAAACGGUCCAUGUUGCCCGUGGCAACGACACAGUCCAAUAAAGCCGCCUCUCGGCUUACAGUCUUCAAUCAACUCGAUUCAUUUUUCCCCUUUGACCCUUAUCUCCUGCGCAGGUCAGGUAAGUUUAUCAAGCCUCUCUAUCAAGAUUGGCAAGGGAUAGACGAGGAGACUGACAUCCAUGACGAACUGAACGAACAAGGAAAAGUCUUUGACAGCGAGGAUGAAGAGGGCGAGGAGUACAUGGAGUACGGUAAAACACCCGAUAUCGAUGUACCGGGCCUCACCCCCGAGAUGUCCAUGUGUAUAUCACCGGGGUUUUCUUUUUCUCCUAUAGAAAAAGAAACAAGGUUGCACCAUAGUACACACAGGGUGACCAAGCAUAAAACAUAAACUAAAUCUGGUUUGUACGUGAGUAAUAGGAAACCAAAAGGCAACAGCCCAGGACGACCAAAAAUGCGCGGUCAAGUCACACAGGGUGACCAUAACGCGUAUUCUUUAUCAGACGCAACUCGGUGGGUUUGUACUCGUGAACGAGACAGUAACAAAAUGGGUUCCUUGUAAGCAGGAUGACAAAUGAAGAUCAAAGUCAGCCGCAAAUGAAGAGUUUUACAUUUUGUCCCUUGAUGCUUCGCGCGCUGUAUCCAACCCCCCUCCCCCUCGAUGUGCCAGAAAACAUGUACACAGGGUGACCAAAGAUAGGUAUUAAUUUGCGACGAAGAGAGAGAAAAAGGAUGCAAAAAACAGGCAAGAUGACCAACCCCUAUCGCAUGGCGCUGCCAACUAAAAACUUAGUAAGAGAUCUUUUUGCGAAUGGUUUGUUGCGGUGGUAUAGACCCCUUGCAGCACUUUGGAAUGUAGCUGAAUUUGGGGGACCAAACAAUAGGUUCCAAUUCUCAAGAGAUUGGAAUUCAUUUGUUUUGUCCCCCAGAUGGAGCUGCUUUGACGUCACAUGUCUAUUAAUUACCUGGCCAAACGUUUAUUCAUGUCCAGGGUGAACAUGUAUCCAUAAUUCCAUUGAAUACUCACAUCGAUAUCGUUAUCAAAAUGAUUUAAUUAAAUUCACAGAAUUCA